AUGGAGAUCGAGUUGUAUCAGAAUCAGCAUCCCAUCGAGCAGCUCGUCACUCAGAAAGCCUUCGCGGCCUCCUUCUUCGAGGAAUUCAAGCGAUGCAAAUCAAUGUACCUCAACGACAACAUGCUUAGCUACAUCGCCGGCCUCGUCGACGGCUUCGACGACACCAUGGCCGACGUGGACCCCAUCAGUCUCUCCGAGCUCGAACCCACCGACUGCAUCAUCACUGAUGUCCUUUCCUUCGGCGACGUUUUGGGUCACGGAAAGUACGGAACCGUCCGCAAGGCCGUUUUAACCGCCACCGGCGAAGUCGUUGCCGCCAAAAUCAUCCGCAAAGCCGACCUCAGCGACCGCGACGUAUCCUCGCUUAAAAGGGAGUGCCGAAUCAUGUACGAGCUGCGGUCGCACCCGCACGUGAUCUCGCUGAAGGACUUCCUGCAGGACGCGCAGUACUUUUACAUCAUCGAGGAGCUGGCGGAGGGCGGCGAGCUGUUCGACGCCAUUCUGAACCGGGAAUUGUAUUCCGAGCGCGAAGCACAGAUCGUGGUGCGCACUCUGCUCUACACGCUGCGCUACUGCCACGAGAAGGGCAUCGUUCACCGCGAUUUAAAGCCCGAAAACGUCCUGCUCGCGCAGCCCAACGACUGGAACCACAUCAAGAUCGCCGAUUUCGGGUUCGCCGCUUACUCCAACGGAACGAACUCGCUCCGCACCGUCUGCGGAACGCCCGGGUACUCGGCGCCCGAGAUUAUCCGCGGGGAACGCUACGGUCCUGCGGUGGACCUCUGGUCGCUGGGCGUGAUCACGUACAUCCUGCUGUGCGGGUACCCGCCGUUUCCGCAGUCGAACGACUUCGCGGCGCUGCGUCUGAUCGUGAGCGGCGCGUUUCAGUUCCACGAGGCGCAGUGGAGCGCGGUGAGCGAGGAGGCGAAGGAGUUCAUCGCGGCGCUGCUGGUGCCGAACCCGCACCACCGCGCGACGGCGAAGCAGGCGUGCUCGAUGCGGUGGAUGCAGUUCGAAUCGAAGCGGACGAUGCAUAUGAACUCGGCGGUGCAGCAGCUGGCGCGGUUCAACGCGCGAAGAAAGGACCGAGCGCCGUGCGUGGCGACGCUGGCGGCCGUGGAGCAGUGCCGAGGCACGCAGUUCGUGUCGCUGGUGAACUGCGGAGUGCGCGACAACCCGUCGCUGGCGCGCGGAAUGACGAGUCGGAUCCCUGCGCGUAGCGAAGUGAGGAAAAAAUGA